UCUUGUUGUAUUCUAACUGCUAAUGUUGUAUUUUCAAGGCGUGUUUGUAAGUUAAAUUGAAAAAAGCAUAGACUACUUAAGGAUCCUUUGUAUAUUCAGUUUUUGGCUGUUAAAAUUUGUCCUAACAUUAGACCGCUAUUGAGUCUUCGUUCUGCAUAGAUGUGACGUCAGUCUUGAAAGAAGUGCCAAUAGCAUCUGGUCCAAGAAGGUGUAUACCCUCUUGAAUGCACAAACACUGCAGUAUUGACAUUUAGUUAAAGCAGUUUCGUUAGAGAAGUAUCUGAUAGGAAAAAAGCAGCAUUGACAUUUAGUUAUCGUCAGAAACUUUGGUCCUGAAUACCUGCCAUGCAAUUGAGAAAUGCUAAGUGACCGUUAAUUUUCAGAGAUUUUUGUUAAGUACAGGUUCAGCUGCCCCUUUGCCCUCGCAAAAUUAAGCAAUUUUGUUUAUUUCAAACUAUUUUUGUGUCCUUUUUCUUGGCGCUUUGCCUCCUUCCAUGCCCUGCAGCUCUUCCGGUAGCCUACGCCGUAGACCCCACUCUUCUUGCAUCUCUGGCUGCAGCAAUGGUGUUUGUUUCUUGAGCAAAUUUUUUUGGAUGUUAUGAAUGAAUUUAGAUGAUGAUAGUGUAAGAUAAUGAUCGCUUCAUGUUGUUUGCUGGUCGAUCGGUCAGUUGAAAAUCUCAUCACUCUUGCUCAUUAGGCAGUGCCGCAAACAAGAUAACUUGUUACUAGUGAAUUGGUAGUAAGACAGGUAGCGCUAUAGUGCACAAAUCCAUUCAUAUAUAAACAAAGAGAAAAUCAUUGGCCUAGGUUAAUUGUGUAUACAGGCAAGACAAGUGAGGCGUUUAUUCCUGUGUCUCUGCUUAACCAGAGCUCAUUGCCUCUUAAUGAUUCUCAGUGAAUACCAGCUACAUCGUCAGGUCGCAUUUGAUCGCACGGGAUCGAGAUUCAAACAGAUCAUAAAGUCAAUUAACGGACAAGAAAGAAUUUUAUUAAAACCAUUUAAAAAAUAAGGGUUACAUUUUGUGUCGAACUUUAAAAUACUUAAAGGGAAAGUGAAUAGCAGAGUUGGAAAAGCAGAUUGGAAUAUGUGGUGAUUUUGGACCGUAUCUUUAUCAAUUUGAAAGAUUCCACGCAAACAGGUAACACUCGAAAAAGGAUGUGAUGGUUUCAAGUGAUACCAGGCUGAAAUCAAGUUUGGAAUGCAUCCUUUAUUUUGGAAGAUUUUUCUCCCACUCUUAACAAUUAUCUCACUGCAGCUAAAUCUGCAUUCAGCAUCCAUAAAAAGACCUGGAACUUACAGAAGAAGGGUUAAAAGAGGGAUUUUAUCAAAGACUGGACUUUGCCCAGCAAUGGAAGUAAACAAUGCUAGAAAAGAUAACAGACUGGACUAUUUUGGAAGGGCGCUGAUUUUGCCAGGCCAUGAAAGCACGAACUGCUAUGAAUCCGAGUGUUCAUAUGACCAUGAAUGCGAGGCUGAUAAAAAAUGCUGCAGAAACAAUUGUGGAGCUUUAGUUUGCACUGUUGGAGUUCGCCCUCCACAUCCAUGCGAGAUGUUACGAUGUCCAGAGGAAACGAUAUGUAAAAUCGAAAGGGUGCGCUGCAGGAUGCCAUUCUGUCCCGAUCUGUAUGCAAGAAGUAGGCCUACAUGUGUGGAAAAACCAGGAUCAUAUGCUCGCUUAGCCAAAAAACGAUCUGGAAUUCCAAUAAUGGAUAUGCCACGUGAUCCAGGACCAAAUGAAGUCCAUUUUGUGCCAUUGCAACCAACUGGAGAUCAGCCUGUGCCAUUUUCAAUACCAUGACGCCAGUUUUAGAAAAGCUUGAUUUUAGUAGUAAUUAGGCGAAUAAGUAAUAGUUGUGAUGAUGUUCUCUGCAGGGGCGUGUCUCUUGCGAAAAAGGCCUUUCAGGUUGACAAAUAUCUGAUAAAUGUAUGCAUACCGUAGAUGAUCUUGAUAAUAUAGUUUUUAUUCAACUGUCAAUAGUAAUUGUGACGAGAGAUUGGUAGCAAUCUGAUGUGGAGACCUAAAGCUGUAUUUUGUUUCGUAAUUGUGCUAUUCUGAGGGACACGAGUCCUCACAUCAUGCAGAGAAAAGUUUCUUUUUUAAAGUGACUUUGAUUUAUUUCAUUUUGUUGUAUUCUAGAAAUAAGAUAUUAUUCUUUGAAGUCAAAUUUAUCCGUAUUUUGUAUCAAUUAAUUAGCUAGGUGAGUGUAUGGGUGUGAAAUUUCCCCUGAUUACUCUUAGCCUUCCUAUGCUUUUUUUCCUUUCAUUGACAAACACAAAUUCCUUCCAUUUGCAUAUACUUCGCAUCAAUACUAUCCAGUCAUGCGUGCUUUUCCAUUUUCGAAACUUAAAACUGAUUUGGAAGAGAGGUGUAGCAAGUAACUCUGAUAAAUUGAACGUCCUUUAACCAUAACCCCUGAAAAUCGAACUAUCUGCAUCUCAUUUGAACCCCUCCCCCUCUAAUACGUUCGAACCCCCAGUUCUUCGAGUAUUCUUUAAAUUUAGCAAUUUUAAUCGUUCCCUUGGAAGUUUGACUUUAAAAUUAGUAUGUUCUGCCUGCUUUGAAUGGAAAGGUUUAUGUUAAUAAGCUGAAUGAGUGAUUUUCACCAUUUAUCUGUUAGAAUUCACAAAAAAUUGCAAAAUUUGGGCCACCUAGUUCAGAAAAAGCUUUAACGGCCUAAGCAGUUGUAGAUAUGUAGACUGACGUAAAGGCUUUGAAAUUGUGAGAAAAGAGUUAUAGAGACUCAGACAAAAUAUUGAAAUCGAUGUAUAACCUUUAGAUAAAAGUAAAAAAGGCUAUUGUUUUCAUCGCCAUUGAAUUUUAGAGCAAAGCUGUCCUUCCACAAUUUCUAAUCAUUGAUGUUACACUGUAAUCUCAGUAUUAUCAAAACAAGAAACCAGAAAAGGGGUUUAUUGAAAAUCAACAAGAAGGAGCUGGGUAUGGCCUGGUUUUGCUUUCGCUGGCUCUCUCACGGUCAUUGACCGUUUGACUGCCAUCCGGACUCUGGUUUAAACCAGUGGUAGAGCGUCAAAAACUUUCCAUUUACAAUUCUGUCAGCGUUCAAAGUUUCUUGAAUGAUUGUAUUCUAGGUUGCUUUAUCAAGAAUCACAAGUUGAUAAAAAGUAACACGACAAGUGUAGGACUCGAACCCGUGACCAGCCACUUUUGACGUGCCUCUCGCUCACUUUCUCACUCAGCAUAUUUUCACAAACCCUUUUCACCUAGCACUUAAAUAAUCUUAAGGUUUGUUGUUAUAAUCAUAUAAUAUUACGAUUCAGUUAAAUACAUAGAAUAGUUACAUUGUAAAUUGAUAGAAUCCUGACACGUGUAUAGAUGAUUAA